AUGAAGGUGACAACUUUACUAUUAAACCCGAUAAAGCUGAAAACACAGACGGUGAUAAUGUGGCUGAAAAAUGCUAAUGGCAAUGCUGGUGAAGUUGAGAAUAUCAGUGAUACCGUCGCCAAUUAUACUACUGACUGCAUUCGCUCUCAGCUUAUCUCUAAAGCAAAGUUGUUUUCGGAUAAAGAAGAAAUUGAUAAAUUGCUUAUAUCAGGUUGCCUGUAUCACAACCAGGUCAAUUUAAUGACUGACUCAAUAGACAACACUAUUUUUUACUAUGAUUUUAUCGUAAGGCGUGGAUAUCUGGUUCGAUUAUUUGAGUAUGAAGAUUUUUAUAUAUGUCAAAAGCUACAAUCGAUCACUAUCCCUACCUGUAUGCUUGAAUUGGAUUUAUUCCGUUCAUCUUUGAAGUUUAUGUUUGUUUGGAAAUAUCACAUGAUCAACCUGGACAAAGUACAACAGUCCCUGCUUGCAGACAUUAGCAGUACGAUUAGUUCUCGUCAUUCUCCACCUCGCAAUGUUCGGCCAGUUCAGGUGUACUUGUCGCCUCCUACUGCUAAUAAGAGAAAUCGUUCCGUGUUUGAGGAAGACCAAAAAUAAUUUGACAUCAAUAUUCACUCUGUAACCUUCAUUAAACUCAACACAGUGGUCAUUAAUUUUAUCCAUUUGAUAUCCUGGUUUAAGCACUGCUUAAAGGAAAAAUUUAAAUCCAGCCAAAAAGACACAAUUUGAAUUAGACUUGGUAGAAGCCAAAUUCGAUGAGAGAUAUGACCGCAUCGGAACGCCAAGGUUUGAUGAGAAGAUUCAGUAACAUGAUGUUAAAAGUGAUGUCAGUGGGGCUGUCGGUAAUACCUUUUGCCCGGAAUAAUAAUUAGCAAGAUUUAUGGCCUGUUACAUGUUCGAGGCUAAGGAAAGGAGGCUCCGUUUUUAUAAAGAGAGAUUCUGAAAAGUAAGAUACUAUCUAAUUUUGACGUAAUGUUAUGCGUUCAGACGUGUGACAGAAUACAUGUACAUUGUCUUCAAAAAAGAGUUUAAACAGGUUAAUUGUAAUAAAAUUUUAGCAG